UCAAAACGAGCACAACAAAACUUUUGCCUCAUUGACGUAGAAUCAGGAAGUCACGGGAUAGUUUUGCUUCGGUUUUUCGAGUAUCAAAACGGUGUGAUUGUUGCUUUCUCUAGAGUAAAAAAUGAGCCGAAUUUAUAACAAUACGUCCUUGCAGAAUAAACCUGUUCAUAAUGAAAAGAUUGAGCACGCGUGGUCCCCCUCCUCAUAUCAGAGUGGUCUAGGUGUCAUAUUAGAGGGAAAGUUGGUUGAUGUCUCACGCCAUGUUAUCACUGACGUCAACAAUCAGAAGGACCGUUUCUAUGUCCUAUACAUCAAACCUAGUCGAAUCCACCAAAGGAAAUUUGAUGCUAAAGGAAUGGAAAUUGAACCAAACUUCAGUGAUACCAAAAAGGUCAACACAGGUUAUCUCAUGUCAUCAUUCAAGGUGGAGGCUAAAGGAGAGACUGAUUGCCUCACUGAGGUCCAGCUGGAAAACCUAGUGACUAAGGAGGAUCUGGUGAAAGUGACAGGGAAACACUGUCUAAGUGGGACCUAUGCUUUCUGGUACCCAGAGGGAGAGAUGAGCAAGACUGAACUAGAAACAGGCCAGGACAUUCGACUGAAAACCAAAGGMGAUGGCCCAUUUAUUUUUUCCUUGGCCAAAGUCGAUGGAGGCACAGUGACCAAAUGCAAUUUUGCCGGAGACAAAGAAGCAGGAGCAUCGUGGACAGACAAAAUAAUGUCCAACAAAUCYGAUGCCAGCAGUGCAACGAAGUCUGAAGGCCAUGGCGAGGGAGCAGAUGAGGAGGAAUGGGAUGAUUGAGGAGAUGAAUGGAAUUGCACAGUAAAACCUCCUUAUUCCUGUGUUGGUUUGUACUCCACGGUUCCACCCUYCGACAUUGCUUGUGCAGCAUAUGCACACUAAAGAGGAAGAGGGUCGUUUCAUUUUUUAUUCAGCACUCCUUUUGUAAUAUAGAGUUCUCUACAAGAAAUUGACAAAUCUGGCUAUUGCAGUGUAUCUUCGGUGUAGGGGUGUACAUGUAUUGCUUUGAACCUGUCUUUGGUAAACGUCAUGCAUGCUUUACUUCUCUAUUAUCUCUCUAUUGAAAAUGUAUCCUUGUUUGUAGAAGGGUACAAAUGAUAUGUACUGCACAUAUUAACCUUGUAAUAAAACAAAUGGCAAUUUA